CAUUCAUCACCAAUCCAUGGACUUCUCUCCCAAUUCGGCCCUACCCAAGGCCAGAGAGGGCCGGCCUGCUACUCGCUCUUCGCUCGCUUGUCUGCCCUGUCGAUCCCGACACGUCAAGUGUGAUGGCACACGGCCGCACUGUAGCCGGUGCGUGGAGUCGGGAACCCAGUGCGACUAUACUAAAUCGCGUCGAGGCGGACUCGAUCGUGCGACUCUUGCUGAGCGUCGCAAGCAACUUGUCGCAGCGGAUCGCGCUUCAUCAAUUGCCAAUCUGGCUCUUCCUUCGAGUCCAUCCGUCCUGGUUUUGGCUGGGGCCCAGCAGCUGGACAAGGACCAAACUUGUCUGUUCGCUGGGCCGCCUGGCAGACUUUUCCCUGCAUCUCUUACAGAUCGUUCCUUCAACAUUGAGCAUGAUUCUCUCAUCGAGUCAUAUUACAAGACCUUUCAUAAAUUCCACCCAUUAGUCUUACCUCGCACGCACCUGGCGAGACUCUCCCAAGACCCAGGCAGGCAGGCCAGCUUAAAGCCCCUUGUUGCCGUCAUACGCUUCAUCGGCCACCUUUACGACUCGCAAGAAUGGUCAACUACGCUUAAGGACUCCGUCGACGUCUUCUUCUCCGAGGCGCCACAUACAGACCCGUUCAUGGUGCAAUGCCGACUGUUAUACUCCAUGGCUCUAUUCUGGCGCGGCUACAGCGCCGACUCAAAACGAGAAAUGGAUGCAGCUGUCCGACUCGCCCUCCACCUUGAAAUGUUCCGUCGCGAAUUCGCCGUUAAUUAUGGAUGUGGAGAUGCCGUGUUGACCGAGUCGUGGAGACGCACAUGGUGGACGCUUUACUUGGUGGAUGGAUACUACGCCGGCACGCUGGGUACCAUGAAGUCGGAAUUUGUCGAUGUGGAAGCGACCGCGGAUUUGCCUUGUGAGGAGCACGAGUUUGAAUCCGGUGAAAUCCCCGAGCCGAGGACACUACAAGAGUUCGACUGCCGCGAGUUCGACUUAGGCAACAGUUCAUUCUCCUCUUUUGCAUAUCUUAUCGGCGCCGUACGAUGCAUCAUACUGGCGUUGUCUACGGCACCAGAAAUUGCAGCAAAGGAAGCAUCCACGCAGGUGAUUCAGGCUGCUGACGCCAUCAUUGACGGAUGGCUCCUCUUACUCCCGAAAGGCUGCAAGCAGGUCUUGGCCAAAAAUGGAGAAAUCGAUGAACUCAUGUUCCAAGCACACAUGGUUGUUCAUGUAUCAAUUAUCAACUUGCACCGACCUUUAUCGGACCUGAAAUUCAACCCCGUAGAGGAAGUCUCAAGUUGUGCCAGGGAGCCUCCCCCGGAUAGGCCCAUUCCAGAGCUCGUCAAUGUCCACACCGUACGAGUUCUACGCUCUGUGGAAGCACAGAUUCGCCUUCUCGCCUUACCCGCUCGGCCAUUCAAUCACACACCAUUCGUCACAUGCAUGGUCAGCGAGGGAACGCUUGCGCUACUCUCAGCUUGCAAUUUCUUACUGAAAGGAAGGGAGUUAGCUAUAGCAAGAGAUCAGAUCCGCUUGACCGUCGGCUGCCUCAGAGCAUUAGGGGAGGUGUGGCUGCGAACGGCGAGGAAUUUGCAGGAGAUACAGAUCAUUGCUCGUCAGGUACUGGGAUUGGACCCGAAGGGAGCUGGGAGUGUCUCUACCGGGUCCGCCGAAGCACCGAGUCUCUCUGGUGGCGAAGGACAGACAACGUCUGGAUCUGAAGUUGGGCCAUUGAGUAAUGAUCUGUUCUCUGCGAUGGGUGCUACAGACAGUACCUGUGGGUGGUUUGAACUCGACAAUCUAGAUUUAGAUCUCCCACAGUGGAGAGAUGAGUAAUGAUUCAUGAGGGAAAAAGGAUCCUUAGAAGUCUCUACUCAUGAUAUGAUUUACAAGGAUGCAUUACGUCCGGAGGGAUAUCAAGCAGGCAAUAUUCGGAAGAAAAUGGAGUGAUUUGAAUCGCACAAUAUGCAAUAGAGCUGGAAAAUCACCUAGUCACCCUUGUGUAGAUACUAAUGAUGGGUAGACGACAACAUACCUCAAC